GAUAAAUGGGGAAGGGAGAGCUGGCUGGGCAAUAGCAGCACGGAGCAGCCGAGAUGCUGAGCCUGCUGGUGCUGGCAGUGCCCCUCCUGCUGAGCCUGGCCCAUGCAGCCCCUGCCCCAAGCCAGGACCUGGAGAGAGUGGGCAUUGUCGGGGGGCAGGAGGCCCCUGAGAGCAAAUGGCCUUGGCAGGUGAGCCUGAGGCUCAAACUUAAGUACUGGAUGCACAUCUGCGGGGGCUCCCUCAUCCACCCCCAGUGGGUGCUGACCGCUGCCCACUGCGUUGGACCAGAGACCACGGAUCCUGCAGUCCUGAGGGUGCAGCUGCGGGAGCAGCACCUCUACUACCGGGACAGGCUGCUGCCUGUCAGCCGGGUCAUUACUCACCCCAACUACUACACACCUCCGAAUGGGGCGGACAUCGCCCUGCUGGAGCUGGAGGACCCCGUGAGCAUCUCUAGCCAUGUCCAGCUGGUCACUCUGCCUCCUGCCUCGGAGACCUUUGCCCCGGGGACUUCAUGCUGGGUGACAGGCUGGGGCAAUCUGAGCAGUUCAGAACCCCUACCACCGCCAUACCUGCUGCGGCAGGUAAAGGUCCCCAUUGUGGAGAACAGCGUGUGUGACUCAGAAUACCACACUGGCCUGAACACGGGGGACAACGUCCAGAUCGUCCAUGAUGACAUGAUAUGCGCCGGGAACAGGAAAAAGGGCUCCUGCCAGGGUGACUCUGGAGGGCCCCUGGUCUGCAAGGUCAAUGGCACCUGGCUGCAGGCAGGUGUGGUCAGCUGGGACAAAGGCUGUGCCCAGCCCAACAGGCCCGGCAUCUACACCCGUGUCACCCACUACCUGGACUGGAUCCGCCAGUAUGUCCCUGAGAAGCCCUGAGCCUGCCCCUGGCUCUGACACCUGGUCCGUGGAGGACCCAGCCCCCUCCCGUCCCCAGACCCCUGCUCCCUGCCCUCCCAGGUGCACCUUCACCACCUUCCCUGUUCCUUGUGCUGAUCCCCCCACCUUCCGCACCCUCAGCCCAGGGAGCAGGUGGCAGCACCAACCCCCAUUAAAGCUCAUGGAGAACAC